AUGGCCGAUAUCAAACCUCCUUUCACCGAAGAGACGGCCAGAAAAAAGGUCAAGGCUGCUCAGAACAUGUGGAAUACCCAAGAUCCCACGAAAGUCGCGCAAGCCUACACCCCGACUUGUAUCUGGCGUAACCGGACCUUCUUCUUUUCGGGAACCGAUGCCAUUGUCGAGUUUCUGACGGCCAAAUGGAAGCGCGAGCAUAACUAUCGUCUGCGCAAGGAGCUGUUCGCUUUCCGGGAUGAUCGGAUCGCGGUCCAAUUUUGGUAUGAGUAUCAAGAUGCGGAUGAUGGAAUGCGGUGGAAGCGAUGCUAUGGCCUGGAGGAUUGGACCUUUGAUCGUGAGACAGGGAAGAUGUGCAAGCGUAUGAUGAGCGGCAAUGAUCUGCUUCUGGGCCCGGACGGGAAUGGUGAGGGGCGCUGGUUUGUUGACGGAGUCGAUGUAGAUACUGUCCCGAUCGGUCAGGAACAUUGGUGA